AUGCCGAUUUGUAGAGUGCUGUUGGAGUGUUUUAAACAAACUGAUAAUAAGAUCAACUUGGACUCGGAAAACAAAGCUUCUGGUUCUGUCUCAUUAAAUUCCAGUAAACCGGAGACUGUGUGUGUAUCAGAGAAUGUUACAAGUGUUGUUGCAAAUGCUGAAAGUAUUGCUUUGAACUCUGUUGAACAAAAUCUUUCUUCUCUUUCUCUGGGAAAAAAUGAGACUCUUUUGGACUUUUCUUUGCGUUGUUCUGUUAACGUAAAAAUAUGUGACUCUUGUAAGGGGGAUGGGACAAAAUGUGUAAAAGAUGGGAAUGAAAAGGUGACUGUACUUCCUAAAAUUGUUUGUGCAGGGACACUGAAACCUGAAUUGGAUUCUGUUGGGCCUGGGGUGGAGGCUGAGGUGGCUGCUUCCACUCGGGAAAUUGUGGUUCCGGGGAACUCUUUUUUAGUUAAGCAAAAACAUGGUUGUUCUGGUGUUGGUCAAUCUAUAGGUACAGAGAAAGAAGAAUUGGCUUUAAGGGUGGAGUCCUUUGAAAGGAUGGAUAACUCUGAAAAACCUGAAAAAACACGGGUUGAGUUUUUAAAAUGUCAUGAUCCUAAUUCUUGUAUUUUAAAACAAAACCAUGUAAAUUUAAAACCUAGAUCUGGGGACUCCCAAGCUGAGUUUUUCUUGGCAGGGAGACAAUGUGAAACUUGUAGUAAAGUAUUGAACUCAAGGUUAAAUGGCACUGUUGCCCGAAGAGAGGAACACGCCUCUGUCCUGGCCCCUUUGGGCCGGGCUUCAGAGGAGGCGUGUUGUUUGUGGGAGUCCACCCCUGCCUUUUAUGGCCGAGUUCCCAGAGUUCGCCAAGGAGUUGGCCAAAUUCCCAGAGCUGGCCGAGUUGGCAGAACUCCUGGACAAGAGUACAGUGUCCCUGUCAGGAAUUUGGAUUUGGGCAGAGGGCCUGGAAGGUUUGGAUUUAGUGAUUUCUCAGAAUCAGAAAAUAUAUUGAUUAGAAGUAAAGGUCAACCUGUCAUUGAUCGAAGUGAGAAUUUUGAUUUUCCAUUAAAUUUACCUGAUUGGUCAUACAUUAAUCAGAAACUGGAAAAAGAUUCGGAUUUAAAGGAACAAUAUCUUGCUUUACCAGUAAAAUGUGGAAGAAAUGACAGAAAUCCAAAAUAUGAAAGACUUGAUCAUCAUGAUAUAAAGGAGUUGUGACAGGCUUUGAAAGAGAGUGGAUUUUCUUCUCCCUAUUUUAAUAGUGUGUUGAAAAAUACUUUUAACUCUUAUGACUUAGUUCCUGCUGAUUGCAGGAAUGUGGCUUCUCUGAUCUUAACCAAUUCACAGUACCUACUAUGGGAAUUACAAUGGAAAAAACUACUUAACAAGUUGGUUGAAGGAUAUGCAAAUACUGAUUAUGCUAAUCUAGAUGUUGCUCAAUUAGCUGGUGAUUCACCUUACAAUAGGCCUGAAAAUCAAGCAGCUGAACUGCCUCGGCCUGUGUUAACAGACAUUAAAGAUGCUGCUAGAAAGGCCUUGCUUUCACUUGAGCCUUCGGGCUCACAUUUAAGCUCUUAUCCACUGAUCAAACAAGGUGAAACUGAAUCUUAUGGCUCUUUUUUGGAUAGAUUAACUCAAGCGGUUGAAAGGCAAUGUCCAGAUGAACAAGCCCACUCUUAUAUCAUUCAAAAUCUUGCUUCUGUAAAUGCUAAUAAUGAAUGUAGAAAAAUUAUUUUAGCUUUGCCUGAUCAGCCUCCAACAAUUACACAGAUGCUAACAGCUUGCAGUAGACUUAGGGGUUCACAAAAUGCUGCAAAUUCACAGGUCAAUGCUUUGGAAAAAACACUGGAACAUAAUUUGACACAAUGAAUGGAUAAAAUUGAAAAGCUUUUAGAAAAACAAGAAAAACAUUGGGAAAAUUCUGUUAAUGCUGUACAAGUGGACUCUAACAAAAAGCCUGUCUGCUUUGGUUGUGGUAAACUAGGGCACCUUAAAAAGGAUUGUUGUGGGACAUCAAAUCAAAUUUCUAUUUGCCCUCGAUGCCGAAAAGGAAGGCAUCUUGCUAAAUUCUGUCACUCACUAUUUGAUAUCAAUGGCAACCCACUGUCAUUAAACUUCAAAAACAGCGCGUUCCACUGCGCUCAGACACAACUUGUGGUACCCACUGGCAAUGGGUGAAUAUUCCCACUGGGCUGGUCAUGUCACAAAAGGAUUGUCAUCUGUAAAGAUUUCAAUCAAAGUGACUUUUUACGUGUCAUAGGAUGUGAUUGUCAUGAUAUAUAUGAACUGCUAAUGUCUUGUUGUACAAGUUUUGUCCUCAGUUCACAGAAUUUUCCAGGAUUCAAGAUUCUACUACUACAUGGAUGAUCUGCUCAUCACAGCCUCAACACAGACAGAGAUGCAGCAAACCUGUGCUGGUGUUGGGACUGAAAUCCAAAAGUGCUGGACUUGACAUUUCUACAACUAAAUUCCAAGGAUGCAACAAAGAUUCAAGACUGAGACAUCAUCUCUUCAAAGAAGACCAUCAACUCUUCAAAGAAGACAACCUCAUCACUGGACUCCGACUGUGGUUCGAGUGUUGGAAUUAAAUGGGUUCCUGCCAAAAACGUCAAACCGUAUCGCACUUCAGAACCUGUUGUCGAGCCUAGAACUGAGGAAGCGAGUACGCAGACGUGGACCGAAUGGAAGGAUCCCGGGUCUCGCCUGACGCCUCUUGUGCCUGACGUUCUUUGUGCAUCGGUGGAACCCAUGAACUCUGAUUUUGUGCCAAUGUUAUUUAUGAGUAUACGAAUUGAAUGCUGAAUGUUUGUUUAACAAAGCUAAUUUUUGGCUGAAAAUUUAGGUUGUUGUUUUUGUUUAGAAAGAAUUCUGCCAAAACUUAGUUCUUGAAAGAGAUGGGGCAGAAUCAAAUGGUAUACUUGUUUGAUUGUUUGAUUUUAAUUGUUUUUUGUCGUGCAGAUUUGCCUGUGGAUCAACGAAAAACGAAUGUUUGGGUGACCUUAGCCAAGGCUGCCGGAUCGGAUACUAUAUGUCUGUCUAAUUCGGAACCAGAAAAGCCUUUUUCAACCUGUCUGGUUGGUGUGCCAGUGAAAGAGUUUCCUUUGGUCAAAAAACCAAAUCUACUGAUAAACCAGGUGGAAUUGACAAUGGAAACAGUCCUUCCUUCAAUUGGAACAUUUGGUCCAAAAAACUCCUUAGGGCAGCAUCUGAAUCUCAAGAAUUGGAAAUCCUUGGUUCUUUGACCAUGGAUUUUUGUUUUACUUUCAUGACUCGUGCCUGGCGAAAAGGUGAUCCCCCAAAGUUCAGUGUUACUCCUCAUUAUUUUGCAUAUAAAAAUUUGAGGUUUUGGUGUAAUGUUUCAAACAGUUGGGAUGUGGUUCCAGAGACGGAUCAAUAUCCAUGGCAAUUGCCAAAAAGGUAUUGGUUCAUUUGCGGAGACAGAGCUUGGCAAGGCAUUCCAGCCCACCUUGAAGGUGGCCCUUGUAGCAUUGGUAUGCUCACCAUAAUUGCCCCCACUGCCAAAGCAGUGAUGAAAAAGAAACAAAGGAAAAGAAGAGCUGUUCCUCAUUAUGAUGAGAACUGUCAGAGUGAUUUUAUGCCUUGGAAUGCCGCCAGAAGGGUUUCAGCAGGCAUAUUUCUACCCCAAUUGGCGUCAGCUGUGGCAUUGAGACAAUUAGAUCGAGUUGGAUGUUGGCUGAGCAAACAAGCUAAUGCCACAUCCUCUGCAAUCAGUGAUAUGUUGACCGAUGUUGAUAGUAUUAGACAUGCUACUCUUCAAAACAGAGCAGCCAUUGAUUUUCUUUUACUGGCACAAGGACAUGGUUGUGAGGAAUUUGAAGGAUUGUGUUGUAUGAAUUUGUCUGAUCAUUCUGAAUCCAUUCACAAAAGCAUUCAAAAAUUAAAGGAUCUGACAGCCCAAAUUAAAGAAGAUGGAGGUUCCUGGCUGGAUGAUUUGUUUCAAAAUUGGAGUUUUGCACCUUGGCUAAGGCAACUUUGCAAGAUAGGUCUUUACGUAUUAGGUGUUCUAAUACUGAUAUUGAUAGUGGUACCUUGCAUACUCUGUUGUGUUCGGCGAAUGAUGAACAAAACAGUCCGAGAAGUUUUUGUCAUUCAAGCAGGAGAAGUAGGAAGUAGAAGCACGGAGAGUGUACGAAAUCUCACAAAAGCGGUAGAUGAAGGUAUUGACAUGAACGAAGGUUUUGAAUUAAGGCCUUGGAAUCGACCAGAGUUUUUGGAACGAUAACUUGUGACUGUUGCCAAACGUGAUUCAUAUCUCUCUUUCAGGGAUUGAGUCUUCACAGCAUGAAGUUGCUGUGCCGUAAUAUAGCAAUGCUUCAGUUCAGUAAAAAUAGGUCUUCAACAGAUAAUAAGCAGAAAUUUUGCAAUAGAGCUAUGAAACGCAAGUAGCAAGCGACAAGAAAAUGAAAGCUUCUGGGUCAAACAGAGAGGGGGAAAUGUUGGAAUCCAUAAGGUUAGAGGAUUUUUAAGAAAUGGUUAAAAAAAGUAUGUAGGCCUUAGAUUGGAGUUUUGUUAGCAUUGCAGAAAAGUUUCCCAUGCAAGCAGAAAAGUUUCCCAAGCAGUAGACGUGACAAAUAACAAUAGGCUUCUGUAGAAUUGGCUUUAGGAUGGCAACAAGGUUAUUUAAUGUAUAUCUUUAGAAGGUUAGCAUGAAUAGGACUUUGUUCUUUGUCUCUUAUGAACUAGUCUUUGUUUUAACUAUCAUUGCGUGUGCUUUGUGGGAUUGGAUAGAAUGCUUGUCAAUGCGUGUUUUCUGUGUCUGAUUGGCUGAAUUCUGGUCUGAGAUGAUUUUAUGUAUUUCUGUACCAGCGCUGCUGGAGGAGACUUUUUUUUGGUGUGGAUCAGUGAGCUGUCAUGUCUCCAUUUUGUAUUUUGAGACUGAUGUGCUGGAAAUAAAAGCAAAAAUCUCUUCACUGCUCUGGUUACAAUGUUAUCCAUAUUUGGAUAUUUUGCCGCGGCCUAGUGGGUUCCUUUUUUAAGGCGUGGGUUCCUGACACAAUUGGACUUAUACCUAUCCUGUCCCCCGCAACUUUGACUGUUUUGGUUGGAAUGUUUUCACAUGAUAAUCCCUUUUCAGCAUCAAGGGCAGAUAGAAAAUUGAUUUGGUGGAAAUGUUGUCACACAGCAAUCCUUUUUAAGGUGACCCGGUUUACCACAAGCAAAGAAGGAAGGCCUUUUAUCAGAGUCCAACCGCACAGUGCUAACAGAAUUUUCCCAAUUUUUUUCUUCUUUUUCUAAAAGCUUUUCAAUUUUAUCCACUCAUUAUGUCAAAUCAUCUUCCAGUGUUUUUCCUAAAGCAUUUUGACCUGACAAGAGAGAGGGGGAGUUGUUUGGAUCCAUAAAAUUAGAGGGUUUUGAGAAAAUUAUAAAAAAGACAGGCCUCAGACAGCAGAUUUGUGAACAGUGCUAAUGCAGCAGAAAAAGUUUUCUAAGCUGUAGGGCAGAUGUGUGAAAUAGAAUAAGCCUCUGUGAUUUGCCCUUUGAGGUUGCAACAAGUUUAUUUAAUGUAUAUCUGUAGAAGGUUAAUAUGAAUGAGUUUCUGUGCUUUGUCUCUCAUAAACAAGCCAUUGUGUUAAAGAAUAAGUCUCUAUUGUGUUAACUACAGUUACGUGUGCUUCAUAUGAUUGGAUAGAAUUAUUGUCAAUUUGUUGUUUCUCUAUGUGUGAUUGGCUGAAACUUGGACUGAGAUGGCUUUAUGCUAUGCUGUAGCGUUACAUUUCCUGGGCAUUCCAUUUGAAUCAGCGAGCUGUUCACAUCUGUUGCCUCCGUUGUCCUAACAAUGUACUGAGACUGAUGUUUGAAAUAAACAGCUCACGGCACUGA